AUGGGCAAGACAAUCAGUUUGUCACUGGAUGAAAGUGAAUCUAAGUUAGGCCUUUCAAACAAUGAUGUUGUUGACAAGGAUGACUUAGAAAAGGCUGAGUUGUUGUCAAAUGAGGAUGGUCGUGAAUAUGAAGACAUGACUGGGUUGAGUGCAAAGGAUAUAAUGAAAAAUGUGUUUCGAAGUGAAGAGCAUGCGAAUGAGUUUUAUUUGAAGGUAGGAAAAUGCAAGAGAUUUGGGGUCCGUAAGGGAGACUAUGCGAAGGAUGAAGAUGGGACUAUAGUGAGAAAAAGGUUCUUCUAUAACAGGGCUGACCUAAGGGAUGAAAAGCACUACAACAAAUUAGAUAGGAAGAGAUCUCAUAGGCCUGAGACACGCACAAAUUGCCAGGCCCUUAUGUCUGUAUACCUUGAUAAGGGGAGCUCAAUUUGGAAGGUUCGAAAAGUAAUCCUCGAGCAUAACCAUGAAUUGAUGCAUAGGGGAAUGAUUCACAUGAUCCGAAGUUUCUGGGCAAUAUCUAGUUCCGCAAAGGCCCACAUGGAUGGAAUGCAUGCGUAUGGCUUGCCAACGUCUAAGAUAUUAGGGUACAUGGCUGGGAUUGUGGGUGGUUAUUCUUGUUUGGGUUUUACCAAGAAGGACGCAUACAACUAUAUUGAUCGUUCGAAGCAUGCAAAGGUUGUUGAUGGAGACAUGAACGCUGCUAUAGUCUACCUGGAAGGCAAGGCAGCUGCUGAUCCUAUGUCUAUCGCCCGGUACAAUUUGACUGAAGAAGGUAUGUUGGCAAACAUGUUUUGGGAAAAUGGUCCUAGCAGGGUUGAUUUUCAACACUUCGGGGACGUGGUUGCAUUCGAUUCGACAUAUAAGAAGAACAAAUACAACAUACCUCUUGUCAUAUUCUUCGGUUCAAACAACCAUAAGCAAACAAUAAGUUUUUGUUUUGGUUUGGUUUUAGAUGAGACAAUCGAUUCAUACAGGUGGAUGUUGGAGAACUUGUUAGAAGUCAUGUGUGGCAAGAUGCCCUCUAUUGUCGUGACUGACGGGAUGAAUCAAUGA